GAGGAAACAUGGAUGGAGGGAUGGAGGGAUGGAGAAGGUGUUGUGAUUACACUUUGUCAAAUUGUCUCUUAGACAUUUUCUGUUGAUGUGUGUCCACCUGUCUGACCUCUAUCUGUCUUUACAAAGGCAAAAGUGGACAUCAGUCAGGACGUCACCACUGGGGACACUGAGCAGACCUGUAAUGUCUCUGUGCUAACUGAGCACAUUUAUAGUACAAUUGUUAGGUCCAUUCUAAGCUUCCGCUCUGCUAUAAGGACGUUCUACACUGUGGGGAGACAGGCCAGGAGGUGGAGCUGUUUCUCUGUUGUCCAAAGCGUGGAUGCGUCCCAUGUAAACACAACACACCAGUGUGUUACCUGCCUGUUACCUGUCAACUGACAAACCUCCAGCAACAAACAGCUCCUAGACCAGAGACAGUCCACCUUCACUUCAGACAGAGCAGAAAAACUGUUUGUUGGUCUGUAUGUCUGUCUGUCUCUAGAAACACCUCCCUGUCUGCCUUUUCAUAUCACAGACACCUGAUGUGCUGACUCACCUCUCUCUGAUGUGCUGACUCACUCUGCUUCUCUGGCUCCUCUCAGUCCUCUCACUCUGUGUGACCUUUGACUCCUCAUCUGAGUCUUCCUCUCUCAGGUUACAGUGCGCAGUAAUGACAGCAGGAAAUCAAAACUGCGAAUAAAACUGAACAUCUAUGUAAAACCUUUCCUUUUACUACUUGUAUGAUGUGUUGGUGAUGUAAGCACAGCAUUGGGUGACACUGACCAAUAGCAGCACAGUGUCUUGUGAUGUUGGUUCAUCACACUGAGGAGGGAACAGGUGAUGUUAAACGUGUAACGCUCUUAACCCGCAGUGCUUCUUCCUCCAGUUUCUGCUGCCUGAACAUCAGACACUUUGACCUCUGACCCCUGAAGGAGCCAUGAGCCAUCAUCAAAGCUCUCUGGGUCCUGGUAACACCCUCAGUCCAACCGCAUCUCUGCCUUCUCCUUCUCCACUUUGCCACAGUGAUGAAGAGGAGGAGGAUCUGAACAAGGCCUUUGAUGUUCAAGGUUUUCAGCAGAUCCUUUGUCCUCCAGCUCACAGCCCACUGGAGAAACACAGAGUCUAUGAUGAGCAAGACUUUGAAGAUCACCGUCACUUUUCUCUUCAUGUCCACCAUCCUUUGUCCAAACCGUCCACUGACAGCAGGAGGAAGAGGAUCAGCGAGAGUAGGUCGGAGGGAAGGCGAGGCUCUGCCCCUAACACUGCAGCCACUAUAGAAGAAGACCAGGAGGAAGAUGAAUGUGAGGAGGAGUCAUACAAUGAAGAGGAUGAUGGACAAACGACCAUGCUGGCCAGUGACCCACCCACCAUCUCGACCAAUCACAAAGGCCUCUCAGCUGGUUGCAUCACGACACCUGAUGACACAGACGAGGCUGAAACUCUGAUGUCUGUUGACCUGGAUGGCAUCAAGAGUCACCGAUUGGAUGACAUUCCAGCGGUUCGACGGCACCUGGUGAGGCGGAGCUCCAAAGGGCCGAUUGUUCACAUCACAAAGGAGCAGAUCAGCAGCCGAGCACAAUCGCAACUCCACCACCUCCACCUGCGACCAGACCGUACGCCUCACGAGGUGUUCGUGGAGCUGAAUGAGCUGGUGAUUGACAGGAACCAGGAGCUACAGUGGAGGGAGACGGCUCGAUGGAUCAAGUUUGAAGAGGAGGUGGAGGAGGAGACAGAGCGCUGGGGGAGACCUCACAUCCCCUCUCUGUCCUUUCGCUCCCUGCUGGAGCUCCGCAAAACCAUCUCCCACGGGGCGGUGCUCCUGGACUUGAAGCAGAAGACCCUGCCAGGGAUCGCCCAACAGGUGGUGGAGCAGAUGGUAAUCUCAGAUCAGAUCAAAGCUGAAGACCGAGCCAACGUUCUCAGAGCUCUGCUGCUCAAACACAGUCACCCCAGUGAUGAGAAAGAUCAAAGCUUAUUCAGCAAGACCAUCUCUGCUGCCAACAUGGCCACCCUGAUAGACAGACAAAAUGGUCAAGAGCCCGCCAUCAAUGCGACUAAUCACAGAGAGGCUGACGAAGAGACAAACAAGAAAGAAGCCCCACCUCUCUGUCACUCCAGAUCCAAACAUGAAGUGAAGCUGAUGGAGAAGAUUCCAGACAGAGCCGAGGCCACCGUCGUCCUUGUGGGCAGUGUGGGCUUCCUGGACCAGCCCUCCAUGGCGUUUGUGCGGCUGCAGGAGGCAGUUCUGCUGGAGUCUGUGCUGGAGGUUCCUGUCCCUGUGAGAUUCCUCUUCCUCCUGCUUGGCCCACCUACUGCCAACAUCGACUACCACCAAAUUGGACGAUCCAUCUCUACCCUCAUGUCAGACAAACACUUCCAUGAGGCAGCGUACCAGGCUGAUGACCGCCAGGACCUGCUCACAGCCAUCAACUGCUUUUUGGACUGCAGUGUCGUUCUCCCGCCCUUGGAGGUUGGUGAUGACGAGCUGCUCCACUCAGUUGCUCGCUUUCAACGAGAAAUGCUUCGAAAGAGGGAAGAGAAGCAGAGCGGCAAACUGCAGGAGAAACAGAGCAGCAUUCCGCCAGAUGAAGAUUCCCUUGUUCCCUCCAAAUUUUGUGAUGAGCCCCUGAGGCGUUCGGGUCGUCUUUUCGGAGGGCUGAUCAAAGAUGUGACUCGACGCUACCCUCAGUACCUUAGUGACCUUGGAGAUGCUCUGAACCCUCAAUGCAUGGCGGCCAUCAUCUUCAUCUAUUUUGCUGCGCUGUCGCCUGCCAUCACCUUUGGUGGACUUCUGGGUGAGAAAACAGAGGGUCUGAUUGGUGUGUCGGAGCUGAUAGUAGCCACGGCAAUGCAGGGCAUUGUGUUCAGUGUGCUGGGCGCUCAGCCAUUGCUGGUGAUUGGCUUUUCUGGACCGCUGCUGGUGUUUGAAGAGGCCUUCUACACUUUUUGUAAAGACAACGGGAUCGAGUAUCUGACAGGACGGGUGUGGAUCGGCUUCUGGCUGGUGCUCAUUGUUCUUCUCACUGUGGCCUUUGAGGGAAGCAUCUUGGUUCGCUUCGUCUCCCGUUUCACUCAGGAGAUCUUCUCCUUCCUCAUCUCUCUCAUUUUCAUCUAUGAGACCUUCGCCAAACUAGUUAAGAUUUUUCAGGAGCAUCCUCUCCGAAACUGUUACCGUGGAAACAACACACUUUCUCUAUCUCUGUGCAACAACACUUUAGUCGCUGGGAAUCCUGGGAAGGUUGUUGGAGAACCAAAUACAGCCCUGCUGUCUUUAGUGCUCAUGGCGGGAACUUACUUCAUCGCCUUCUACCUGCGCAAGUUCAAGAACAGCUCCUUCUUCCCUGGCAGGCUCCGUAGGAUCAUUGGAGACUUUGGCGUCCCCAUUGCUAUCCUCAUCAUGGUGCUGGUGGACUAUAGUGUGGAGGACACCUACACCCAGAAACUGAACGUGCCCAGUGGAUUCUCAGUGUCCAGUCCGGAGAAACGUGGAUGGCUGAUUUCUCCUCUGGGGUCAGACGGGCAGUUUCCUGUGUGGAUGAUGGCCGCCAGCAUCCUGCCGGCCAUCCUUGUCUUCAUCCUCAUCUUCAUGGAGUCCCAGAUCACAGCGCUGAUUGUCAGUAAGAAGGAAAGGAUGCUGGUGAAGGGAACGGGUUUUCAUCUGGACCUCCUCAUCAUCGUGGUAGUUGGUGGAGUCUCAGCGUUGUUUGGAUUGCCAUGGUUAUCAGCUGCCACAGUUCGCUCCGUCACCCACACCAACGCGCUCACUGUCAUGAGCAAAGCGGUUGCCCCCGGAGACAAGCCCCGUAUCCAGGAGGUCAAGGAGCAGAGGGUGACAGGCUUCCUCGUGGCUGUAUUAGUCGGUCUGUCAAUCGUGAUUGGGGAGGUUCUGCGUCAGAUCCCUCUAGCAGUGCUCUUUGGGAUCUUUCUCUAUAUGGGUGUGAUGUCUCUGAACGGGAUCCAGCUCACUGAGCGACUCAUCCUGCUGUUGAUGCCCCCGAAGUACCACCCAGACCACAACUAUGUCCGCAAGGUGCGGACUUUGAGGAUGCACCUGUUCACUCUUGUGCAGCUGACUUGUUUGUCUCUUCUGUGGGUCGUUAUGGCGACGGCGGCGGCGCUGGCGUUCCCCUUCAUGCUGCUGCUGACCAUCCCAGUGAGGAUGCUGCUGCUGCCCCGCCUCUUCACGUGGAGAGAGCUGCAGAGUCUGGAUGCUGACGAUGCAGAGCCUCACCUGGAGGAGAAGGAGGGACAGGAUGAGUACUCUCAGAUGCAGAUGCCUGUGUGACCCAGCAGCAGCCUCGUGAUUGGUCGAUCCGCUGCCUUCAUUAACAUAUGUGAUGUAUCCUGUAGCAGCACUGGGCGGGUGGACUGUACACACUUCUGAGAUCAUGAUUUUAUAUUUUCUGUUUUGGGGAGCGGGUUUGUUUUUGUGAUGAAGUCUGAUGAUUACUGUAUCACACAUCCUGUUUUAAAGAUCACGCUAAAGGAAAAAUGUAUGGCUGUGUUUCGCUUUCUGUCAUUAAAUGCAAAUUUUAUCUUAAAA